CUGCGGCAGCGAGGCAAAUACAUGUCCUACCCAGUGCUGUUAAAAAAAACUAAAGGCUGAAUGUGUGACGUGCUGUGCCAUUAAAAAAUGAAUGCAUAAUACCCAUGCAACUAUCAUAAGCGAAGGUUUUUUCGCGACUGAGUGGUGACAAAUUUUGUGUUGGAAAGUGAGUUUCGUUCGAGUUCUCCCGUGGUACUAACGGAUUGUUUCCGAUGUGACCUCCCAAACGUCGAACUGUGGAACAAUGUCGGCGAACCCGAUUAUCGUACAAAGGACGAUGUACCGCGCUCAGUGAAAUUGCACGUGAAAGAAUAAAAAAAAAAAAUGUCGUUGAAAGCCAGUGUGGGUUGAAAAAGGACAAAAUGGCCGGAAAAGGUUUUGGUGGAGAAGUGGUCGGGUUUUUCCUAGCAGUCGCUUUCUGCAUCACAUGCCCGGAAUAUGUAUCAUCAGCCCAAAGAGAACUCGGGAAGGGGUUGCCGACAAACGCGUCCGCGACCGCCCCUCCGGCGGGGUCGGCGGAUAACGCCAUCCGCGCGGGGCCGGCAGUCAUAGACGCCCCGCGGCCGACCCCGCGGACUGGGCCCUACUUCGACCUGGCCGCAUCGAAGAACGUGACCGCGCUACUAGGAAAAACGGCGUACCUGAACUGUCGCGUCAAGAAUUUAGGAAAUAAAACUUUAAACAUGCAGGUUUCGUGGGUACGACAUCGGGAUAUUCACCUUUUGACCGUCGGCCGGUACACCUACACGAGCGACCAGAGGUUCAGGGCGAUACAUUUGCCUCACUCUGAGGAUUGGACUUUACAGAUAAAAUAUCCCCAGCACAGGGACUCGGGGAUCUACGAGUGUCAAAUAUCAACCACGCCUCACAUGAGCCAUUUUAUACAUUUGAAUGUUGUCGAACCCACAACAGAGAUCAUCGGUGGACCGGAUUUGUACAUUGACCGCGGCAGUACCAUCAACCUAACCUGUGUAGUUCUGUACUCGCCGGAGCCACCGGCCUAUAUAUUUUGGAAUCAUAAUGAUGCGAUUAUCAGCUACGACUCGCCUAGAGGAGGCGUGUCAGUAGUGACAGAAAAGGGGGAAACGACCACCUCAUUCCUGCUCAUCCAGCAAGCAAGACCAUCAGACUCGGGGACCUACCAAUGCAACCCGAGCAACGCACAGUCCAAGAGCAUCGUGGUACAUGUGCUUAAUGAAGCAAAUUCUAUUUUUCCUUUGUCAGGAGAGUACCCUGCGGCGAUGCAACGUGGCGGCCAGGCCUUCGCCCCGACGUCACCGACGCAUUGCAUCGUGCUGGCCACGUGUCUAUUCCUGACUCUAUCUUGACAUAUACCCACAAUAAAUGUGUAAAUAGAGAAUUUUAUAUGGAACUGCUUGCAUUUCCUUCUGUACUAACUAGUGGCGAAAGCUAAAGAUUCUCGUAAGUCGAAAGAGAUGUGAUUGAAAGUGAUAACUUGAAUAACCGAAAAGUCUUGCCAAUGUAAUUUGGUAGGUGUUUGAUUACGAUAUUUUUCGUGGAGCAAUGAAAAUUAAUAGCAGUAACAUGGCAAGUAAAAGUAACGAUAAUUUUCUCAGACAAUGAUCCUACGUUUAGCUAGAUCAAUUGAGAAGUUGAAAUACCUACCAAU